AUGGUGAGCGCGGGGAGACACGAGAGGGCCCUGGCUCUGGUGCAGCGGGCCCUGGCGGUGGGGGAGAGUGAAGCAGCAGCAGCAGCAGCAGCAGCAGCAGCAGCAGCAGCAGCAGGAGCAGCAGCAGGAGCAGCAGGAGCAGGAGCAGCAGGAGGAGCGGAUAAAAACACCAGCAGCAACAGCAACAGCAGCAGCAGCAGCAGCAGCAGCAGCAGCAGCAAGAAGAAGAAAAAAAGCAGCAGCAGCAAACCACCAAAAGACCCCGUCGCUCUCUCCUUUCUUGCUGCUAUCCAUCUAUCGAGGGGGAAGCGGCUGCUUGCUGCAGGGCAUCCAAAGGACCCCGUCGCUCUCUCCUUUCUUGCUGCUAUCCAUCUAUCGAGGGGGAAGCGGCUGCUUGCUGCAGGCCAUCCAAACCUGCAGCAGCAGCAGCAGCAGCAGCUGCAGCAAGACAGGAAGGAGCAGCAGCAGCAGCAACAGCAACAGCAGCAACAGCAGCAGCAGCAGCAACAGCAGCAGCAGCAUCAUAGAAUUUAUUUUUCCCCGAUCAGCAGCAGAACUGCAAUUUCCGCUAUCCUUUCUGCUGCUGCUAUUUCUGCUGCUGCUGCUAUUGCUGCUGCUGCUGCUGCUGCUGCUGCUGCUGCUGCUGCUGCUGUGCAUGCAGAGCCAACGAAGCUUUUGCUGAGUUUCGGUAUAACUGCUGCUUGGCGCUGCAGCCGCCCUUCAGCAGCAACGCGCAUGCAGCUUUGGGGCUGGGAAUAUGGAUGGCUUAUCAGGGGCUCACUGUAA